GGAAUCAGUGCGUUGCUAACUUUAGCUUUAACACAGACUUCAGCUGGAAUCACAGACUUUAGGUUUAGUUUAGUUGAAGUAUUCUAAGUGUGUGGGAGCUGUAGGUUCACCAGACGAAGACACGGAGUGUGGAAGACGGGCACGGACUGAAAAGAAUGAGUCUAUCUGAGCAGCAGGGCAGUAGAGGGGAAGUGGAGGUGAAAGAAGAGGAGGAGGAGGAGGAGGAGGAGGAGGAAGAGAAGAGAAUGGAGGAGGACAUCCCUCUAUUGGCCCUUGCACCUGAUGCUUCGCUCCCAGAGGAGCAGCCCUCUGUCAGUACUGAUGUUCCUGAUAGUCCUGCCUUCCAUUUCCUGGAUGAGUUGUUGUUGUUGGGAAAAAUCAGCCAGUCCAAAGCAACCAGACUGAAAUCCAGCUACAGGCGACUGAGUAACACUCUGAAGAGUGCCCAGGACUGUGAGCUCCAGCGUUUGGGGGAGGCUAAGAGGUCUCGUGCUGAGCUGGAGAGGCUGCACACUGAGCUGGAGAGAACAGAGGAGCAGAGCAUCUCCGAGGAGCCCGAGAGUGAGGUCAAAGAACUGAGGCAGCAGCUCCUGCGGGCAUACAACGAACUGAGGGCUGCCGAGAACACGCAGUACAACACACAACUCCGACUGAAGUGUCUGUGGGAGGAGAAGCGGUACCUGGAGAGAGAGAGUGAGACUCAGCUGAAACCUGCUGAGAUGGAGAGCAGAAUAAAAGCCCUGCAGGACAAAAAUGAGGAUCUGAGGAUAGAGGUGGCUCAGAGACAAGUGGAAGUCAGAAGUCUCACUGAAGAUGUGGAAACCCAUGAAGCUCAGAUACUGAGAGAACAGAAAGAGCUGGAGGACCAGAAGGAGAUCAUAGAGCUCAAAGAGGCGGAGAAAGCCCAGCUCAUCAGCGUACCUGACCAGAUAUUAGAGAAGAUGAAGAGGAAACGCUCCAAGAAGGAAGCCGCUCUGAAGGAAAUAGAAGCACUAAACGCAGAGAUCUCCGAAACGGAGCAGCAAGUGCAGGAGGUGGAAGUACGAAACCGAUCCCUCAGGAUGAGGAGGGAGGAGGUGAUGCAGAAGCUGGAGGCUCUCCAGGCCCAAGUCGAAGCCAGUCAGAGAGAGUGCAGACAGCUGCUGAAAGAACAGGAAGUCAGCAGGGAGGAGGAGGUGGAAUUCAUUGGGACCAGAGGUAUCCUGGAAAUGAAGCUACAGGACGUCAUGUGUGACAGAAAGCACCUGUUCGAGAGCCAGUCUGUGCAGCUCAGGGAGAAAAAUAGGCAGAUGCAAGCCCUCAAGAGGAUGGAGCACGCGUUGACCACGGCCACGGAGCAGCUAGGACACGUGCAAUCGAUCCACAGCGAGCUGCAGGCCCAGUUAGAUGCCGUUCCCGGAAGAGAGGCCGGCGCUCAGCAGAGGAUGGAGCUUCAGAAGGAGGUGGACGCUCUUAAAGUCGGCUUUGAAAAACAGCUUUCUGUGGCGGAGGAGGAGAGCCAGAAGAAGCGUCAGUACGGGACGAUUCAGGAGCUGCUGAAGGAGUCGAACCUCCUCAGAGAGGAACUCCACCACCUCAGAUGUCUCACCAAGAUCAAAGUUGAGGAGAGGGGCCAGAAGCACCGCGAACUGCUCAGGGCCGAGCAACUGCACCAGCUCAUCCAGUACGAGCUGCGAGAGAAAGACCUGAUCAUCAUGGACCACAACAAGCUGAAUACUCUGCUUCAGCGCAGAAUAUCACAGUAUUCUAAACUGUGCGACAUGUUUACGGAGGAGAAGAAUAAGUACGUCAAGCUGAAGCAGUUCGCCUCGCAGUCGUUCACAGAGCUGACGGAGCAGCUCAGGGUCCUGGAGAACGAGACGGAGAUCCAGCACACCAUCGUCGUCAACAAGGACAGAUUCCUCACAAAGGCUCGUAUGAAGCUCUCCAACUGCUCCAAAAUGAGGGACAAGCUGCGCAAUGACAUCUCCAAGGUUGCAUGGAAGCACCAUCAGAUCAGUCAGGAUGGUGACGACCACAAACUCGAGCUGGCGAAACUCACCCAAAUGAUCAACCUCCAGGAGCAGGCACUUCUGGAGAUCAACAAGAACCAUGAGACGGCUGUGCAGUGUCGCAAUUUUCUUGGCAUCCAGCUGCUGGAGCACGAGGAGGUGUUGUUCAACUACCGCGAGAAGGUGAACGUCCAAGAGGCGGCCGUCGGUAAGGGCAACGUGGCGCUGGAGACGUUGGAGAGGGAAAUGAAAGAUCUGCAGUCGGCCAUUAGCGAGGAGAGGAGACAGAUUGAGCUGAAGAAGAAGGAGGUGCCCCUGAAGAGAAAGCUGGACGGAGAGAUUGCCGUGUUGCAGAUAGAGCUUUCAGAAGCCAGGGACAAGACACUUGAAUGUCUGAAUCAAACUGUGGCUUACAAAGAAUUAAAAGGCGACGACCCAACGACAAAAGAACUGGUCAGGAAAAUGGAGCAGCUCAAGGUGAAUCUUGCCGAACGCGAGAGGCAGCUGCUGGAAAAAACUCUCCUCGUGGACCAGGUGACCCGUCUCUCGAAGCCGCUCAGCGAGCAGGAUGAGAACUGCCGACAGGACCGACUCUCGCUGGGGAAGAAGCUGAACGAGAUCCGAGCCCAAAUAAUCGAAGCCACCCACCGACUGAUGGCCGUUUCUGCCGAACUUUCCAUGAAGCAAGCUGCUUCUUUGUCUCAACAGCAAGAGAUCAAAGAGAGAGAGCUCCAGAUGGACAGGUGCCAGCGGCGGCAGGAGCAGGGCCUGCCACCGUGCCCUGAGAUGGAGGAGGAGUGGAGGAGGAUGCUCCGGAACAAGAGGAGGCGGCAGAGGGACAAAGAGGAGCGAGAGAAGCUGGCUCAAGAAGAAGAGUGGAACCAGUUGCCAAAUGGAGAGUUCACCACGGCUGAGAGCCGUCCCAACGCGUACAUCCCCGAGACCGACUCGCUCCCUCUGCCCAAACCCUACGGAGCCCAGGCGCCAUUCAAACCCUCGCAGCCAGGAGCCAACAUGAGACACAUCCGUAAACCAACGCUCAAACCCAUCGAGAUGUAAGAAACAACAUGUGCACCUCAAGGAAUGUAUGCGUACACAUCAUGGCUGCACUCAUUUCAUUAAAGUGUCCCUGAGAGAUAUUUCAUUUUUACUUGUCAGGGGAAAUUAAGAAAUUGAGAAUUUAAUGUUUUAAAUAUAUUUUCUACUGCAUUUGGCAAAUCAAUAAAUGUGUGUCUGCACCUCCCUGCUCCUCGUGUGUGUUUUCACCCUAAACCCACCACUGCUGUUUUCUCUUGUUUGUGUACUUGUCGACUGCAUCUGGUUGUAAUUUAGUUCCCUUUUUUGUUUUUUUUUACAUUUCCUGGUAAGAGUUAACUGCAGUCUGCUAACAGUAACAACAAGUCCAGUGAAAAACAGGAAACGUGGGAGAUUGAAUUGUCUCACUAUCUUUCUUCUUCAUUCCACAUGUUUCUGCGUGUUCCUUGUUGUCUCUCGCUCUUGUAAUCUUGCGGCCGAUGAAUAAACGGCAGCGUGUCUAAGCUCUUAAUGUCUGGGACCAUGAAUGUAAAUAUGGAGAGGAACACAAGGCUAUAAAGAGCAUGGAGAAUGACAAAGAGAGCGGAGAAUUUAAAUGAAGAGGAACGGGAGACGACAGCUGAAGAAAAAGGGAGUCGUGGUGGAAAACGGAUGAAAGUGAAGUUGUAAACGGGGUGGAGAGUUCAGAGUGAAGACAGAAAAGUCUCACAGGGGAUCACAGCUUGUGAGCAUGUGUGUGUGUUUGACACUGACGUUAUGCACCGUGGCUGAUUCUGAAGUUAACGGUUUGAAUAGUUGAAAUAAUUAGCUCAAGCUUAAUGGAUGAGCAGUUUGAGUUAUGCACAAAAAGAAAUGGAUAAAUCAUUGAAAGAAAAUGAAGAUUAAUUGACGCCUAAAAGGAAAAUAUUAACAGUUGAAUAGUUCAUCUAACGGGUAGCUAGCUAAACGUUUGAAGCAGUUCGUUAGCUCCUGAAAAAGUAAUGAAUAAAACCAUAGACAAGAUGGACGACAUGACAG